AUGGUAAAUAACAAUGGAAAAGGUUAUGUAGAACCUGAAAAUGAAGCUGAUCUACCACAGAAUGAGAAGGAUGCUUUGGCAAAGAUAAAGAAGAAGGAUCAACAAGCACUCACCCUCAUCCAUCAAUGUUUGGAUGAUUCAAUGUUCGUGAAGGUGGCCGAUGCAACUACCUCAAAAGAAGCAUGGGAGAUUUUGCAAAGUUCAUUUCAAGGAGUUGACAAAGUGAAAAAAGUGCGACUCCAAUCAUUACGAGGUGAUUUUGAAGCUUUGCGUAUGAAGGACUCUAAGUCAAUUUCGGAUUAUUGUUCAAAGGUAAAGACCAUCGUAAGUCAAAUGAAAAGGUAUGGUGAUCAGAUUGAAGAUGUUCUUGUGGUGGAAAAAAUUCUUCGUUCCUUGACUCCAAAGUUUGAUUAUGUGGUUUGUGUUAUUGAAGAAUCUAAAGAUUUAGACUUCUUAUCACUUGAACAAUUAGAAGGCUCUUUACAGGCCCAUGAAGACAAGAUUAAAAGGAGGGAAGAUGAACCACUAAAGCAAGCUCUAAAAGUAAAAGUUUCUUUGAAAGAUGAUAAUGGUGACACUAACCACAAAGGACGAGGACGAGGACGAGGCCGUGGUCUAGGUUAUGGUAGAGAAAGACGAGGUGGAGGUGAUUAUGACAACUUUACCAAUGAUGAAAGGAGUCAUCAAUCAUAUAGAGGUCGAGGAAGAGCAAGAGGCAGAGGAAGAGGUAAUAAUUCUAGACCAAAUGAGAAGAUGUAUGAUAAGUCUAAAGUUAAGUGUUAUAAUUGUCAUAAUUUUGGUCAUUAUUCUUGGGAAUGUUAUUUUCCAACAACUAAUGUUAAAGAACAAGUGAAUGUUGUUGAUGACAAACAAGAAGUUGAAGAGCCCGCUUUGUUGCUAACACUCAAAGAUGACAAAGGAAAAGAAGAAAACUCGUGGUUUUUAUAUAAUGGAGCAAGCAAUCACAUGUGUGGGGACAAAGGAAAAUUUGUGACACUUGAUGAUAAAGUGCAAGACAAUGUUUCCUUUAGAGAUUCUUCACGAAUUCAGAUAUGUGAAAAAUGUACUAUUUUAAUUUUCUCAAGAAAUGGACAUCAUAUGCUUAUUACUGACGUAUAUUAUGUGCCUAAAUUAAAAACCAAUAUUUUGAGUUUGGGACAACUUAUUGAAAAAGGGUAUGAAAUUCACAUGAAAGAUUGUUGCCUUUGGCCCAAAGAUCAAAAUGAUAAGUUGAUUGCUAAGGUGUUUAUGUCCAAAAAUAGAAUGUUUAUGUUGAAUCUCUAUACAAUAGACGCUAAAUGCUUGAAGGUAGAUAUAAGAGAAGAAGUAUGGUGA